UGACAAGUUGGGGCUUGUCUGCUGACAGAGGCCAAUGGGCUGAACUUCCUCAGGCUGCAGAGCAGCAGGUUGCCUGUACUAAACCAUGCUGUACCUCUCCACUGCUACCAGCCGGACAUCAGAAAAACACACGGGGGACUCUUAGACCAGCAGACCCUUAGUCUGGCUCCUGAAACCUCAUCAUAACCCGUGUUUCUUAUCUAGGUGUCCAUUCCUGCUCUGACUCUCAUCCUGGGCAAGUGUGAAGGUCACCAUGGCAACCGAGCCUCAGGACAACCCGCAAAAGCCAAGGUUUGGCCCGAGUGACCGCCUGAUCACUAUGUUCAGGGCCUGCUCCAGAGAUCCAACCGAGGCAGUUAAAGCGAGACUAAAACGUAUGCUGCACAUGUUUCUGCUACACCACUGGAGCAAUGUGGGAAAUGAGACCAAAGAGAUGGCAGUAAAGUGUUGCUGUGAGGCCUCGGUCUGGUAUUACAAGAUCCUGGAGAACCUGGUCAGUCAAGAGAGGAAAAGGCUGGCAGUCAGUGACAUCUCAGGCAUCUUGGAGAUUGAUCUGAUCCAGUGCUGUCUGGUGGCCUGUUGUCUAGAGAUUAGCAUCUGCUCCAACCGUCUACCAUGUGAUUUCCCUCUGCUCCUUCAGAUCUUAAAGAUGGAACCAUACCACUUCUGGAGGGUGAUUGAGCUGGUUCUGCGUGCUGAUGCGGGAUUGCCUCACACUGUUGUCAGACACCUCGCCCAAAUGGAACAUAAAGUUCUGGAGAGCUUGGCCUGGACCAGCAACUCACCGCUGUGGGAGGAAAUCAGAGCCAACAAGGGCCAUCUGCCUACCUGCCAACAGGUGACGCCUCCUGCAUGGCUUGAGGAUCCAAAGAAAAAAGACUUGCAACCUGACCCAAACCUACCAGGAGUGGAUGUCAUUUUGAAAGCUGACCUUUCUGCCGGCACUGACCAACAGAGUUCCCCAUCAGCUGUAAACAGGCCCCAGGGGAGCAGCUCCCUCCAUCUGUUUGCUCGCAAGGUUUACAGCUUGAUGGGCAGACGUCUCAGGGAGCUGUGCUCCACACUGGACAUUUCUGAUGAGCUGCGGUUGAAGAUCUGGACCUGUUUUGAGUACUCCCUAGUCCACUGCACCCACCUCAUGGUAGACCGUCACCUGGACCAAAUGCUCAUGUGUGCCAUCUACAUUAUGGCUAAGAUUACCAAGGUGGAGAUACCAUUUAAGUGCAUAAUGAAAUGCUACAAGUCUCAGCCACACACCAGUAAAAGUGUCUGCAAAAACGUGCUGAUUUCAGGAAGCGACAUGGAAAAUGCUCCCACUGAAAACAAUUAUGGAGACCACAGCAACAGUAUCCCAACUCCCAACACACCAUCAACACAUUAUCCAGGACCCUCUGAGGAGCAGAGGGGUAAUCUUAUCUACUUUUACAACCAGGUCUACACGACCAAGAUGCAGCAUUUCGCCAAGCAGUUUGCCCCGACCUCUAAGGGUGAUACUCCUCCUUUGUCUCCAUACCCCCAACCGAUGAAAGCAUCUCCUAACAGACACCAGUUGUGCAGAAGCCCCUCCAUCUAUCUUUCCCCAUUCAACCCUGAAACCCUCUCACCUCGCACAACCGGGCUGUGCUACUAUUUCAACUCAAGUCCUCCGGAGCGUCUGCGUGAGAUCAACAACAUGAUCAAAACAGGCAGGUCACCCAACAGGCGAGGGUAUGUGGUAUCACUGAGCGAGGAGGAGGAGGAGGAGGAAGGAGAAGAUGGUCCUUCAGCAAAAAGGCUUCGUUUGGAUGAUCAGUCGGCCUGGCAGAGACGACUGAGGAACGUGGUGAACGAUCGUGUCACGACAAGGAACCAGGACCAGCCAGCUCCAGUUAAAAAGCCUAACCUGCACUAAAGCAGAGAGGAGCAUGAAGUCUCUCUCUGCUCCUGUUUCUGAAACUGUAACAACAGUGUCAGGAGUCAGAGGAAAAGCACCGAGCAGCUUUGUCUGCCUAUCUGUUAAGAAUUCCUUGGGGCCAAGUUCUUUGUCAGCUCAAAGUGUUGUCUGCAGUCUGAGCUAAAAUUACACCUUUUUUGCUCUGCACUAUUUUUGACACCAACGAUACUGUCAAGGUGUCCUUGACUAAAGCACUUAACCUCCAGCUCAUUGGCCAAUGGUAGAAGAUUGUGGUCGUACAGGGCAGCUCCCAGUUGGAGGUGUACGGUGUUGUGUGAAUUUGAAGUGGGACAUGGCUGCAAAGUGCUCAGUCGACUUUCUGUAGGUAAAUAAAAAGGGGGCAGUUAAAACUGCUUUCUUGAAUAUAUUUUUAAAAAAUUUAAAAGGUGGUGGAAUAGUGAAACAUGAUUUUUUAGUUCCUCACAGGAAUAAAGUUUGAGUGUUAGCAUUAAAACUAUUCAGACAGAUUUGUGAAACUAAAAAAGAUCUGUUUGAAUAAUGCCUUCACACCCCAUCAUCUGAGCCAGCUAGUACUGUUUUUAACUGUUUCACUGUUUUCAUCAGCCUAUCAGUCAAAAAACUGUACAGUGGACAUUUAUUAAAGUGCCAUUUUCAUGUUCA